AUAAGCUGCUGUCUGCUUUUUAAUGUACCUGGCCAGGGGGUACGGGGUGCAGUGCAUGUGUUUGUGCAACUUGUGGGUCCUUAAGUUGGGUUUGUGAAGCAGCCAUGCAGCCCCCGUCGUCACACGGCCGGAGGAUAUGGAGGCAGAAAAACAAGCUACAGAGGAUUUGACCACAGCAGGUUCAUCGAGACCCUGAAACCUGUCUGAGCUCAGGAAUGGCAAUCAAGGAACUAAAGCUGAUGCUCGUCCUGUGUUUACAUGCAGUCACAGGUAUGUCUGGAUGGGGCGGAUGUUUGGACGGUCAGGAUGUGUACGCCAGCAUCAGGGAAAACAGCCUGUGUGGAGAAGUGGUGGCAGACCUCAUGGCCGACACCCCAGUGGAGGGGGUUCAAUGGAGUCUGCAAGGGAAAGAUGCUGAUUGGUUCUUCUUAGAUGGAGGAAUCAUACGUUUGAACACAUCACCCGAGAAAGUCCUCGACCGAGAGGUGCAGGGUCCCGUCCUGAUGGCUGAAUUGUCGUGCUAUGUGGAUGACGUGCUCCAGAGUGUUUCCAGAAUCAUGGUGGAGGUUCUCAAUGAGAACGACAACUCACCUGAGUUUGCAGACAAUGCGGUGCACUCUGUUCUUAUCAGUGAGCUCACUCCAGUGAAUACACUUGCAUUUACAGUCCGGGCAAGUGAUGAAGAUAACGACAAAAUCUUUUAUUCUAUUGACCCAUCAUCACCUGAUGCCAGUUACUUUACGAUUGAUCUUCCAAACAGCGGUGAGGUGAUGCUUGCCAACUCUCUCGACUAUGAAACCAAAACUGAGCUUUUUCUCACCAUUCAUGCCUCUGAAAUGGACACAGCCGAGCACUUCAACACCAGCACCAACGUCACCAUAAGCGUCCAGGAUGGAGACGACCAGUACCCUCAGUUCCUGCCCUGCACGCUGCUGUUUCAGGAUGACACCAAUCGAAUUUGCACCAGUCCUGUGUACACCGUCAAUGUCACGGAGGGACAAGAGGACUUAGUACUGGAUUUCUCUCCUGGUCCCAUUCAUGCAGUGGAUGGAGACCGAGGACUCAAAGCCCCAGUCAGCUAUGUCAUCCUCUCAGGAGACGACCACGGACGUUUCCUGAUGGACAGAAAGACAGGAGAGGUGAGAUUCACUCGUGCGGUGAAGGACAGACUGGCGACACCAGCGCUUCAUCUUCAAGUCAUGGCUUACCAGGACGAUGACCCCAGGAAGUACUCUGUUGCCACGGUGAUGGUCCGUGUGGUUGCAGUGAACCGGUUUAAUCCGGUGUUCGACAUGGCUGAGUACUACGGCUUUGUGACAGCCGGUAAGAGUCCUGCCUCUCUGGUUUAUACCUAUGGCAACCGGGCGUUGAUGUUACACGUGCAGGACCAGGACUUUAAACAUGGAUUUAAUCCAAUGAUCUACUUCACGUUCAGUCCGACAUCCAAUCACACAGACGUCUACAGGGUCACACAGGAGGGGCUUCUCAUCGCCACAGCCAACCAGCUCAAACCGCGCCAAAAACACUUGCUCCAGGUAAUGGCAAGAGACCAGGAGUCAGGCGACACCACCACCUCGACUGUGGUAGUAGAGGUGCUCUCUGAUGGGCAAAUAAUUCCUCCCAGCGCGCUGGCAGACGACCGUGUGAUUGGCUGCACUCUGGGCAAAGCGUUGUUUCUCAGCACAGGCUUUCUGAGCGUUGUGGGCUGCAUUGUGACUUUGGUCAUGUGGAUGAAGAGGAAACAUAAGGGGCAGCUUGACCCCCUGGAGAGAGGCUGUGUGGCCCAGGGCAAACACCCCAAUGUGAGCCUUCGAUGGUUCCAACUGGUGAGUCAGAGCAGUGGCACAUCCCAGGUGGAGAUGGCCUUCACCAAUGAAGAAUAUGGAAGGUGCAAUCCUUCCUUCAGCUUCUCAGGCAAAGACCCUCCAUGUCACCAAGGGCCAGUCCAGUCCAAUAACAUGUCAGAUCCACUUGAUGCCACCUUGAGCUUGGCUGAAGCUAUGUGUGGCAGCACCAUGACCUUCAACAACAACAUCUCCACCCCCACAAGAAGCCUCUCUUGCUUGUCUACCUUCCGCCCAGCCUCUGUGGACAUGAGUCCCACACAUGAUAUGGGAGAGAGCUCAGUGAUGCCUCCACUGGAUGCAUGCUCUGGCCCUGCCGCCUAUGAUGACAGCGCCACUCCGCCUUGCACAUGUCUCGACUCAGGAGGAAACGUUAGCGAUGACCCUGGUGACCUCCAUACUAGCACCUCCCCCUUGUCAUCUCCAGCUAGUGUUCCACGCAGUCACGGCCGAAUCGCCUCAGCAGAGAUAGACAAACCUUACACUGCGUCCACCACAAACCCUCUGCACUCCCCUUUACCGUCCUCGCCCCGCGCCAAACAGACAAGCACGCCUCCACCCACACCGGAGCAGGCCCCUUUGAAGGUGACGCUGGUCCUCGUCGACACAUCCCCCGAACCAUCAGAGCGGAGAUGGAGCGCAGAGGAGGACCAGCCCUGCACAUCCCUGGACCAACCGGAUCAGCCAGAACACAAUGAAGAUGAGGACAACGGAUUUCUGGGUGAUGAAGAUGGUGACAAGAACAGUGAGAGUGAAUUAGAGACAGAUGAAGAGGAGCUGCUGAGAAUAAUGGCUCAAUGUAACCCCACCUUUCUCACCUUCACUCAGUGAUGUCGGGACCAACGUAGGAGGAUGCAGGAAGUAGACACUGAGCAAGUGAGGAACACCUGACUGUAAAAACACCACACAUGAAGAUGUCCAGACACAUUAACAACAUACAGUGGAACCUUGGUUAGUGGCAUUCAUUUGUUCCAGUAGGUCCGACUGGAUGCUAACCAAAUCAAAUUUUCCCAUAAGAAAUCAUGUAAAUCCAAUUAAUCUGUUCCAGAAAGCCAAAAAUGUUAAAACAAAACACGUUUUUAUACUUUCACAACUAUAGAUUUACAUGCAAAAAAUGUAAAUGCAUAGAAAUACAUAUAAAUGAUGAAUGGAUGAGAUAAAUGGAACAUUUAAGGUUACUUUUACCUUCAUGUGAUUCUUGAUAUGACUGGGCCUGCUGCCACAUUGUGGUGUUUGGCAACCUUAAAAUGUAUGUAUGCAUUUACAAUUGUUUUAUGCAUGUAAAACUAUAAAAACGUCAUACUAUAAAAACGGUUAACUCUCAAAACAAUCUUUGAGAGUCAACCGCUGAUGAUGUCAUAGGAUGCUAAGGAAGGAUGUUUUCCACAGCUGGACUCACACAGUGUAUUAACAACAUGACAAGACACACGCCAUAUUGUAUGCUCACCGGAGAAAAAUUGUGGUGUUAAUUUUCGACAUUAACCAAAAAACACACUAACCCGCGGGCUAACUGAGGUUCGACUGUACUACAGUAUAAUUACUUUAGCUGACACACAUGAGGGACUUUGAACACAACACUUUAAAAGUAAUCUGUAAGAAUGUAUUAGACGGUCAAGAAUUCUAACUUUAUGAUUAAAGACAAUUUUAUAACUUUU